GGAAGAGGAGGGACAGGGCCGGCCUGUGAGCGGCUGGCUGUUCUCUGCAGAUCUAUAGGCAGCAGUCAGGACUAAAGUCAGAUAGAGGAUCCUCCGAGACGUCCUGGUCCCUGGGGUGGUUAGUGUUGCUGGGUGCGAGGUGGGGAGCUAACCAGCUGGAGGGUUUGAGGAGUGGAGCAGCUGUGGCCAAGCCAAGGUUUGAAAGAACUUCUCAGAGGAAACAUCUAGAUCAGUACUACUUUUUAGAGCUAGUUCUUACUGUUUACUAAUAACCACUUCUGUGCAGAAAAACAGCCACUCUACUUUCCAUUUUGCUGCCAGAGACAACCACAUCCUCCUCACCUGCACCACAGGUCCCCAUGGAGAGCUCAGAUGCAGAGUUGGACCUGCAGAGAAGUGUUCAAGCUGUGCUCCGGGAGCUCAGUGCCCAGGCCCCCGCCCUGCAGAGCAACCAGGGCAUGUGGAGGUGGUCCCUGCAUAAGAAGGUUGAGCGAGAUCCUGGUAAGAGCCCAGUGCUGGUCCGCAUUCUGCUCAGAGAGCUGGAAAAGGCAGAAAGCGAGGACCUCCGGCACAUCAUCAUCCCCCUGCUACACACUCUAAUGUAUGUGCUCACUAAGGCCACAGGCAUCACAGAAGAACUCUACCAAAGAACCUAUGCCUUCUGCACCAGGUUACUGACCCUGCCCACCCCCUACUGCACAGUUGCCUUGGACUGCGCCAUAAGACUGAAAACAGAGACAGCCGUCCCAGGGACACUGUACCAAAGGAUGGUCAUUGCUGAACAGAACUUGACGAAUGAACUGUAUCCCUACCAAGAGAGAGUGUUCCUCUUCGUGGAUCCUGAGCUGGUGUCCGCCUCUGUGUGCAGUGCCCUGCUGCUGGAGAUCGAGGCAGCCCAGGUGACCCCAGAGGCCUGCAUGCGCCACGUGGUUUCCCACGCCCUGCAGGCGGCUCUGGGGGAGGCUUGCCACGCUGGUGCUCUGCACAGGAAGCUGCAGGCCAGCUCCCGCCGUGUCCUGGAGCACUAUUUCCACGCAGUGGUGGCUGCAGUGGAGCAGAUGGCGAGCGAGGCCAGCCCAAGCCGGGCGGGACACCUGGAGAGGCUGGAGGAGAUUUACUGCUCGCUGCUGGGGCCGGCGGCCACAAGGGGACGCUGCAGCGGUGAUCCUCUCCAAGACCGGCCACCGAACAUCCCUCUGCCCAGCCCCUACAUCACCUUCCACCUGUGGACAGACCAGGAGCAGCUCUGGAAGGAGCUGGUUCUCUUCCUCCGCCCACGAUCCCAGCUGCGCCUCAGUGCUGACCUGGAGGCUUUGGAUCUGCAGGGCCUUGGGCCAGACCGGGACUUGGCCCGGGUGUCCAUGCUGUCCACUGACAGUGGCAUUGAACGAGACCUUCCUGUGGGAGUUGAUGAGCUCCCUGCCCCCGGCAGCCCGGAGACGGAGCGGGCCGGCCUGCAGCGCAAAGGGGGCAUCAAGAAGCGCAUGUGGCCCCCGGACUUCUUGAUACCUAGCAGCUGGGAUGGGCCACUGGGGCUGCACCGGAGGACAGGCAGGCCCAGUGGGGAUGGGGAGCUGCUGCCUGGGGUCUCCCGGCUGCACACGGCACGGGUGUUGGUGCUGGGGGACGACAGGAUGCUGGGGCGCCUGGCCCAGGCCUACCACAGACUCAGGAAACGGGAGACCCAGAAGUUCUGCCUCACUCCCAGACUCAGCCUGCAACUCUAUUACAUCCCCGUGCUGGCGCCUGAGGAACCCUCAGCAUCCAGGCAGCCGGAGCUGGGAGAGCUGGCUGCGUUCCUGGGCCGCGCAGACCCGUGGUAUGAGAGCACCGUCAACACCCUGUGUCCCGCCAUCCACAAGCUGGCUCAGAUGCCUCCUUGCUUGGACACAUCCCGGACUGUGGAUCCGUUCAUCCUGGAUGUCAUCACCUACUAUGUUCGCAUGGGGACCCAACCCAUCUAUUUCCAGAUAUACACAGUCAAGAUGUUUAGCGACCUGAGCCGGGACCCUACAGAGGACAUUUUCCUCACUGAGCUAAAGGUGAAAAUUCAAGACUCCAAGAUCCCCAAAGAGGGCUUUUCACCCCGGAGGAGAGGUGUGACCGAGGGCCCCGGUGCAGAGCUCUCCAUGUGCUACCAGAAGGCCCUGCUCAGCCACCGACCCCGAGAGGUCACCGUUAAUCUGAGGGCCACUGGGCUGGUCCUGAAGGCCAUUCCAGCCAGUGAAACGGAAGUUUCAGGGUUCCCCCACUGCCCCCCAACUGCUGCUCCAGUUAUGGACCACACAUGUCUGAAUGUCAGUGUGACCGAGGUGGUCAAGUCCUCCAACCUGGCAGGAAAGUCCUUCUCUACAGUGACAAAUACCUUCCGGACAUCCAACAUCCAGAUCCAGAGCCAAGAACAGAAGCUGCUGACUCUGUCACUGGACAAGGACAGUCGGCGUACCUUCAGGGAUGUGGUCAGGAAAACACUUCACACAGCUCCCGGGGAAUCCUCCCAAACGCCACGCGGCUUGUCCAGGAACCCCCAGCUGGAAAUAUCUCUCCGGGAAAUCCCUCCUCCUGCACUUCCCCAACCAAUGGGAACUCUCGGGGAAUCCCCGGAAAUCCCCAGAGAACUCCAAAAUAGUGCGAGAACUCAAAAGUUGCGGCAGAGGCAGAUAGUAAUGCCUCGCCUGUCAAUCAAUACUGUUGGCAAAAUGCCAGGAGUCAUACAGACUCGGCCGUGGCUCUCAGCAUCUCCCCCUUUUUGUUUAAUUAAACAACAAGCAAUGUGGCUUAGGGACCGUGCCUGUUAGGCAGUCCAAUUCAACAUAUGGUCCUUACCCGUCAUCGGAUGAACUGACCUCUAGGCGUCAGCCUCUUUUCUUAGGUUGGUACCACUGCAAUUGGAUCAUACCCGUCACUGACUACCAGUCCAGCAUACAGCCAUACUUGUGGAUAGGCCUUUGCACCAGUGGGGGGGUGAGGUUCUUUGCCUCACCUCUGUUGGCCCCCAAAUUUGGCCUUGGUGCCAGUGGGGGGGUGAGGUUCUUUGCCUCACCUCUGUUGGCCCCCAAAUUUUAGACCAUCACUAGUAGAAGGGAGGAGGAUGCAAAAUGCCAUGACACUAAGCCAAUUGAGGGCUCCUUUGAAAAAUUGUACCACCGGUGACACCAUCAGCAAAAAUACUCCAGCACUACCACAAUUCGCUGCACCAACAGAUAGUUCACAAUGCAUACAAGUGAUACAUAGUCCAGGCAAGUUCUGCAAGCAGUUCAAAGCAGAGGAAUCUGUCAAUAUGUCCAUUUCCUCCCAAAGUAAAUCGACUCCUUGAUUGAGCAUUA